GCUAUUCUAGAGGCUCUCUGGCAGGCUCGCACGCCUAGCAACACACGCGAGCUUAAAGCUCAAUCAACGUUAAUACGUGAUCGCCUUAAGAAGGGGGCUAAGGUAAUAAUGCUCUCGGCUAAGCUAAUGCGCGAUCGGAUAGCCAGCUCUAAGAAGGUGAACGAAGCCGCAACAAAGCGUAGGCAGCGUAAGAAGAAGCGGAUACAGAAGCAAGGAGUGCUAACAAAGGGAGCUGGAGAAGAUCUACUCGCUCAGCGCGAGGCUGAUCAGCAGAUUGCUUA